AUGCUUCGCACAAAUAUGUCAAUAGUUAAUCUUAACCACUAAUAGAGUUCGAGCUCUCUAUUGUAAGCCUUAGUAAAUUAGAGACCAAAAUCUUCAUAAAAAUCCCAUUCACAAAAAAGAGUGCCUUCUGCAAAAUCUAAUAAAACAAAUCAGAACGGUCAGCCCAGUUACAAGUUGGUGACAUCUUCUUUAUGUUAGCCUAUUGCAAAUAUAAAAUAAGAAGCAUCUCAACGAACUAAUGAGACUUUAAAGCCAACUGAUAAUUCUACAACUGAGCCACUAUAAUCCUAAAGGAUUUAAGAUCAAUAAAGUGAAAAGAAAACUAAUAAAAAAGCAUCAUUAAUUUAAAGAACUAUAUUUGGAUAAAGUGCUGCAUCUUUGGGCAUUAAAUAAAAGACAGUUAAAUUGACAAGAGAAUCAAGAAGCAAUAGUAAAAAAGAAGUGCAAUAAAUAAUUAUUGAGGAAUCGACAUAAUAAUAGUAAGUUAUAAAGGAAAUAGAAAAUGCAGAGGCUACUUAAAAAUUAGAAUAAUUGAUCUCAAAAUACAAAAACACAUCUUUUUUUAAUUAAGGUUCAUAAUAAAAUUAGUAGCAAACAUAACAAAUAACCCCAUAGAUAGUUUUAAGUGUUUCAUAACCUAAAGAAAACUAAUCUCUUUCAACAACAUAAUAAACAUUAUUGUCAUAAGCAUCAUAAGCAGUCUUACAAGAAUAAGAUCAGAAUGUUAAUGUAGUCUAAUCAAAUACUUUAUAAGUUAAUUAAACUUCAAUAAACAAAUAUGUAACGAGAAUUUCAAGAGGAGCAAAUUUCAUGCCAUAAAAAUAGAAUUCAAAUUCUGUUAAUACUUCAGUGAAUACAAAGCCAAAUAGAAAAAGAAUGAAUUCUCCUUUACAUGGUUAAAAAAGGUCGAAAGAAAAUUCUAUAGUUUCUGAAUAAUUGGUAAGUCAUAGAGAAUCAAAAUCAAAACUUAGAAAUUUGUCAGGAGAUAGAAAAUUUACACAAAUGUAAAAGGUUAGCAUAGGACCUUAAGCACCAUUUUAAGAAUUUCAAUAUUACAUGUCAUUUGCUAGAUUUUUUCAUAAAGACAAAAAAUUCGAAACAUAAAUAAAGCAACUAUUUAAUAAUAGUCUGAAAACCUAAUAAUACUUCUGCGAAAUAUAUUUGGACCAUAUUUAAUAAAGUUUUCAUGCUCUACAAUUUUGUAAAGAUGCUCAGAAACCUAAAUUAGAAGAGAUAAAACAAAAAAUAGUAAAUUUACCUCCAAAUAAAUUUUCAAAAAGUAUUGUAUUUGAUUUAGAUGAAACACUGAUUCAUUGUCAAGAAUCAAAUGACGAUCCAAGUGAUAUAGUGUUAACAAUAAAGUUUCCUACAGGAGAAACCGUUGAAGCAGGAAUUAAUAUUAGACCAUAUUGUAAAGACAUGCUUUAGCUUCUGUCAUAAAAAUAUGAAAUAAUUGUAUUCACAGCUUCCCAUGAAUGCUAUGCCUAAAAAGUACUAAACUAUCUGGAUCCUGAUAAAAAGUUUAUCCAUCAUAGAUUUUUCAGGGAUAGUUGUGUUGUAAUAUAAGAUGGAUUACAUGUCAAAGAUUUAAGAGUAAUAGGGAAUAGAAAUUUAAAAGAUAUGGUAUUAAUUGAUAAUGCAUCCUACUCUUUUUGCUUUUAAUUAGAAAAUGGUAUUCCUAUUAUACCAUUUUAUGACAACGCUUUAGAUAAAGAAUUACUAUAUUUAACAACAUAUUUGAUGGAUUUAAUGUAGGAUCAAGAUAUUCCUUAAAAGAACUCUAACAAUUUCAAGACAUCAUUGUUCCAAUAAGAUAUAGCUUUUGAAUCAUUAAUUACAAAACUAUGA